ACAGCCCCUAAUGCGCAACUGCUGCGUUCGAGGUACGCGCGGAAUUUGCGCAUGCGCGGUUGUUUGGAAGGAGCGUAGGGGGUUGUUACGUUUUGGGAGCGCCGUCGCGUUACUACGUCCGGUGAUGGCGGCUCUGUGUUCGAGCCCAUGAGGCGGGGAAACGUUGUACCAAGCCGGGGUGCGGGGAAGCAGAAGACGUCCGAGGCAAUGGCUGGGGUGUUUGACAUUGACCUGGACCAGCCAGAGGACGCGAUAUCAGACGAUGAACUGGAGGACGGGGGAACUUUGACUGAGUUCAUGGACCACGGGAGUAUAUCUUAUGAACUUGGCAUGGAACAUUGUGAGAAGUUUGAGAUCUCAGAGACAAUUGUGAACAAAGGUCCAGAAAAGAUCCGACCAGAAUGUUUCGAGCUACUUCGUGUACUGGGGAAAGGUGGUUAUGGGAAGGUUUUUCAGGUGCGUAAAGUAAUUGGAGAUCAUACAGGAAAUAUCUUUGCAAUGAAAGUUCUUAAAAAGGCCAUGAUUGUACGAAAUGCUAAAGACACGGCUCACACUAAAGCAGAGCGGAAUAUACUAGAAGAAGUAAAGCAUCCGUUCAUUGUGGACCUUAUUUAUGCCUUUCAGACUGGUGGAAAACUCUACCUCAUCCUGGAGUAUCUUAGCGGAGGAGAACUCUUCAUGCAGCUGGAAAGAGAAGGGAUAUUUAUGGAGGACACAGCCUGUUUUUAUUUGGCAGAGAUCUCAAUGGCUUUAGGACAUUUACAUCAGAAAGGAAUCAUUUACCGAGAUUUGAAACCAGAGAACAUCAUGCUUAAUCAUCAAGGGCAUGUAAAACUAACUGAUUUUGGCCUUUGUAAAGAAUCUAUCCAUGAUGGCACAGUCACACACACCUUCUGUGGAACAAUAGAAUACAUGGCACCUGAAAUCUUAAUGAGAAGUGGUCAUAACCGUGCUGUAGACUGGUGGAGCCUGGGGGCUUUGAUGUAUGACAUGCUAACUGGAGCACCGCCAUUCACUGGUGAAAACAGAAAGAAAACAAUUGAUAAAAUUCUUAAAUGUAAAUUAAACCUGCCUCCCUACCUCACUCAAGAAGCCAGGGAUCUGCUUAAGAAGCUGCUAAAAAGAAAUGCUGCAUCUCGCCUUGGAGCAGGAGUGGGAGAUGCUGGAGAUGUGCAGGGUCACCCCUUUUUCAGACACAUUAAUUGGGAUGAUCUUCUGGCUCGUACGGUGGAACCUCCCUUUAAACCGCUUUUGCAAUCUGAAGAGGAUGUCAGCCAAUUUGAUUCAAAGUUUACACGGCAGACCCCUGUGGACAGUCCAGAUGAUGCCACUCUCAGCGAAAGUGCCAACCAGGUGUUUGUGGGUUUUACCUAUGUGGCUCCCUCUGUACUUGAAAGUGUGAAAGAGAAGUUUUCAUUUGAACCAAAAAUUCGCUCUCCACGCAGAUUCAUUGGUAGUCCCAGAACACCCAUAAGCCCUGUGAAGUUUUCUCCUGGGGAUAUCUGGGGAAGAGGAGCAGCUGCUGGAACCUCAAAUACUCAGACACCAGGGGAGUUUCGAAUGGAAGCAGGUGGUGUGGAACAAAUGGAUGUGACUGUAAGCGGAGAAGCUUCAGCACCGCUACCAAUCAGACAAUCUAAUGCUGGGCCAUAUAAAAAGCAAGCUUACCCCAUGAUUUCUAAGCGACCAGAGCAUCUACGCAUGAAUCUAUGACAGUGCAGUAUUUACAGAUCUAUUCUGACUUACACAGGUGGUAAAAUAAAAAGCAAGAAUCGUUAACUCCCCUUUAUAACAAGGCAUGAAUGACCCUGUUGGGGAAGCAAAUCAUGGAAUCAGUUGCUGCACAGAAAUGUUUGAAAAGACUUAUAAACAUUAAUUUUUAAUAAAUAAUAUAUAUAUAUACAUCUAUAUAUAUAUCAGUGGUGCAAAAAAACAAAACAAUAACAUUCAGUCAGAACUGCACACGAGAAAUGGAGACUGCUUAUUUGGUGGAUUCCUACCUAAUUCUUUCCCUAUCACAGUUGGAAGCUGACAGUAUUACUUCAGUCAUAAACGUUUCAGAAGGUCACAAGAAUAGAUUUUCUUGAAAUCUAUCUCCAAAAUAUAUCAGGUGGUGGCAAUGAAUAUUGAUGAUUACACCAAUGUCAAACCAAACUUAAACUGUUAUGCAGUACUGCUUGAUUACAUAGCUGAAUAGUGCUGUGUGAUAAGAUACAUUUUGCUAUCCAAACAUACGAAUGUACAAACUUGCAGUACCACACUAAAAUAGGGCUAGUUUUACCCAGAAUCCAACUGGUUGUCUUCCAGUGUGUUUAAGGAAUACCUCCAAAUGGGUAUCCACAAGAUAAUUAUGGUCAGAGGUGUAAAUGGAUCCAUGUACCUUAAACGUCUGGAUGUCACAUGUUGCCAAUAACCUAUUUUCGCUUUCCCCUCCUGUUUCCUGUGCUCCCACAGCAACAUUGAGUGUUCAUCGAAUGAGAACUUUCAGCGCUGGGACUAUUUUUCCAUUGUAAAAAGUAUUACAUGGCCUUUAUACUCAUGUCUUCCAUAAUGAGAGAAACGUCUCAGAAGCUGAACCUUGGGAAUGUUAUCACAAUGCUGGUCUUGUCUUAGAUUCUGUAUGUAUGGCUUAAAGGUACAAAGAAAGAAAUAAAGGUAAAAUUACCUUGCUUGCCUUAAA